AUGGCUCCCAAGAACGCGCUCCCCGUCGCCGUCGCCGCCGCCGCAGACGGCGGCAUGGAGCCCAGGUUCCGCGGCGUGCGGAAGCGGCCGUGGGGCAGGUACGCGGCGGAGAUCCGCGACCCGGCCAGGAAGGCGCGCGUCUGGCUCGGCACCUUCGACACCGCCGAGGCCGCCGCGCGCGCCUACGACGCCGCCGCGCUCCACUACCGCGGGCCCAAGGCCAAGACCAACUUCCCCGUCGGCACCGUCGCCGCCUACACGCACAUCCCGCUCCCGCCGCCCAAGGCGCUGGCCGUGAGCCCCAGCAGCAGCACCGUCGAGUCGUCGUCCCGGGACACGCCGGCCGCGGCGCCCGCCGCUCCUGCUGUUGCUGCCCCCGCGGCCCCGCCGGCGCUCGACCUGAGCCUGGCGAUGCCGGCCAUGGUGGCGGCGCAGCCGUUCCUGUUCCUGGACCCCAGGGUCGCGGUGACCGUGGCCGUGGCAGCGCCGGCGCCGGCGCCGGCGCCGUGCCGGUCAGCGGCGAUCAGCGGCAUGAACAAGGUGGCGUCCCACGAGGAAGAGCAGAGCGACACCGGGUCGUCGUCAUCCGUGGUGGACGCCUCGCCGGCCGUGGGCGUGGGGUUUGACCUGAACCUGCCGCCGCCGGUGGAGAUGGCAUAG